AUGGGUCUCUUCAAGAAAUCCGAUGGCGACGACGAUUCUAACCGCCGAGCACUCUUUGGUUCCCGAAAGAAGGACAAGAGCCCCUCCACCCCCUCGAAUCCUUACGCCCAGCCGAUUCCGAUAGACCCAUACACAAAGGCCAAGAUUGGUGCCGGUGUCGCCCCUUUACCUUCCGACCACCCAGCUGCCAACGGAGGCCCCGCAUCGCAGAGCCCCCACGCCAUCCCCUCCGACAACAAGUACGCCCCGAACAAAUACGGAAACCAAGGCGGCUACGGAAGUGACCGAUUCGGCGGAUCCGGCGCAGGCGCCGGCUCACCAGCCUCGGGCUCAAACUCGCGAUACGGAAAUGGUGGCUACGGAGGUCUAGGCGGCGGCGAUCCCAAUGACCCCGCAGCAUCAGACUCUGCUCGCAACGAGCUGUUUGGCGGUGCCAGUAACCGGAAUAACUCAGGAGGCCCAGCACCCCCACCAUACUCCGAGGGUUCAAACGGCCAGAACAGCCAGAAUGGCCAGGAUGGUCAGGGACAGACUAACUACGGUGGUGGCAGCAACGAGUACAGCAUGGCGACCUUCCAGGACCGACAGCUGACCGCGGAGGAAGAGGAAGAGGAGGAGGUGCAGGCGACCAAGAACGAGAUGCGCUUCGUCAAGCAGGGCGAUGUGGCGUCGACACGAAACGCACUCCGAGCUGCUGCCCAGGCUGAAGAGACGGGCCGCGCCACCUUGGCCCGACUCGGCGCACAGGGCGAGUCAAUCCACGACACUGAGAAGAGCCUCGACAUGACCGCCGUUGAAGGCCGUAUUGCAGAGGACAAGGCGAAGGAACUCAGGACCCUCAAUAAGAGCAUGUUCGCCGUGCACGUGGCGAACCCGUUCACGGCCUCACGGCGCCGUCGCGAGCGUGAUGAGAAGGUCCUCAAUACCCACCGGGACGACCGUGAUGUUCGCGAAGGCACACGGUCCGAGGCACACUUGACCAACCAGCGUAUGGAGCGGGUGUUCCGUGAUAUCGAUCGUGAUGCGGCGAAGCAAGGCAAGGGCAAGAAGGCGAGUGUCACUGAGCGUGCCAAGUACCAGUUUGAGGCGGAUAGCGAGGACGAGGCGAUGGAGGACGAGAUCGAGCAGAACUUGGAUCUGCUUAGUGGUGCUACUGGCCGUUUACACGGUCUCGCCAAGGCUACUGGCAAGGAGCUCGACGAGCAGAACAGGCAUCUGGAGCGUAUCAUGGGCAAGAGCGACUACGUCGACGAUCAAAUCGCCAUGAACCGGGCCAAGCUGGACCGGAUUCACUAG